UCUCUCUUUCCAUAGCCUGCUUCAUCAGGGGAUGACAGAGCCAUGUGCUUCACCUGUAGUGUAUGUCUGGUGUGCUGGGAACCAACGGAUGAGCCGUGGUCAGAACAUGAGCGACACUCCCCGAAUUGUCCAUUUGUAAAGGGCGAGCACACACAAAAUGUCCCCUUGUCAGUGACACUGGCAACCUGUCCUGCUCAGUUUCCCAACAGUCCUGACAGUACAGACAAAAUUGCCUGCUACGGCUUUGGCAGCUGCCCACAGUUCUUGGCUGUCGCAACAAAGAGAGGCAAGAUCUGUAUUUGGGAUGUCUCCAAAAUGAUGAAGGUGCACCUGAAGUUUGACAUUAACCCAUAUGACCCAGCCAUCCUGAGGCAGCUGAUCCUGUGUGGCGGUGAGCACAGCCAGCAGACGCUGACUGAGUCACGGAGACCGACUUUGGCCUGGCUUGAGGAGUCUUCCUCAUGCUCAGACUUGCCCAAGCUUGAGGGAGAUAGGUGAGCCUUAUUUAUACAGAGGAACCUCUA